UGCAUAACUGGCCUGUUUACAUUCGCUGCUGUAUAAGUUGGCGUUGUACAGCCCAUGUAGAAGGGAGAGGAAAACCACAGUGGCAACAGUCUGAUUUAGAGACAAGUUAAAGAUGGGCAAAUUGACUCCUGUCGCUUUGUUACUGGCCGCUGUGCUCUUCAUUGGAAUAGCCAGUGUUGAUGGAAAAAUUUCAACCCUGAAGACUGCAAGUCCAAAAUCUCCCACUAGCCCAAAAAGUAGGAACAAUCUGCAGAGACAGCUGUCCGUGCUCAGACUUUCAGCUGCAAACAUAGACUUUGCCUUACGCCUUUACAGACAGAUUGCCGCUCAGCCAAGUUCCAUUUCCAAGAAUAUUUUCUUCUCACCAAUAAGUGUCUCUGCUGCUCUGAGUAUGUUGACUCUGGGCGCAAGGGUUAACACGCGAGAUCAAAUUCUGCAGGUCCUUGGGUACGGUAAUAUGACACAAAAUGAUGGAGCAGAUGUGCAUGAAGCAUUCAAAUACCUCUUGCAAGACCUAACCGCUGAGAAUGGCGAACUGCAGUUGAAGCUGGGAAACUCUCUCCACAUCCAGCAGGGACUAACUCUUCAAAAGAAAUUCCACGAUGGCACAACACAAUUCUACAAUGCAGAGGUGAUGAACAUUGAUUUCAGAAAAAUUGACAAAGCAAAAAAGAUUAUCAACGCUUACGUGAGAAAACGAACAAAGGGCAAAAUUCUGGAAUUAAUUAAAACUCUGGAUCCAGGCACCACAAUGGUACUUCUCAAUUAUGUCAUGUUCAAAGGUAAAUGGGUGAAACCUUUCGAUCCCCUGAACACAUACGAAGCUGACUUUCACGUCGAUGAUACAACAACAGUUAAAGUUCAAAUGAUGAAAGGCAAAGGAAGAUAUGCAAUGAAUUACGAUGAAAAACUGUCCAGUUCCGUAAUUCUGGUUCCUUACAAAGGAAAUGUUUCCUUGGUACUAAUACUACCAGAUCCGGGGAAACUGCCUGGGGUUGAACAGAAUCUGACCAUUACCAAUUUUCAAAACUUGCUACUUUCCUUAAGGACUGGGUUUGUGGAUCUACGCUUUCCAAAGUUGAUGUUAAAGUCCUCCUACCAACUCAAACACUUACUGAUGACAAUGGGCAUCGUCGAUCUGUUCACUAAGAAUGCGAAUCUCUCCAAGAUAACCAGAUCUGCGCCAGUAAAGAUGUCAAAGAUGGUGCAUGAGGCUGUGCUGGACAUUGAUGAGAGAGGAACAGAAGCUUCAGCAGUUACAACUGGUGUUUUAAUGCCAAUGUCAAGGGCUCCACAGUUUAAGUUUGACCGGCCCUUCUUACUAUUAAUUGCUGACCACAACACUAAGAGCGUCCUGUUUGCAGGGAGGGUGAUAAACCCCACUGUUUAAUACAAGCAGACUCGGUGUAUCCUCCAAAAUUGCAAUUCAGUAAACCCUCGCAAUAACGGACCUCCAUAUAACAGAUUUCUGUUACAGCGGGCAGUGGCUUCCAUUACACAGUCCGCCCACAUCCACCAGUUACUCAAUGAGCUGGCACCACGUGGCGCCCAUCCAGUCACAGGAGUGGAGAGAGCGAGCAGCGGGAAUGCCUGAGUACCGGGUUCGUCCCUGGUGCACCACGUGUGGAGUCGGGGGCCCUGUGGCUCCCCAGCCUAUCUAUGCCGUUUGUUUAAACACCCUCCCCUCUUCACUCAUGUGUGUCUCAUCUCUCCCGGCCUUGGGUUAAAAUUCCCCGCCCCCCCCCUCACUCAUUUAUAGGGCGAUAACGGACACCAUCCUCCCCUGCCCCCGUGGUCUGUUGUUGCGUGGGUUUACUGUAUAUAUAAAUUAUAAACAAUGAUAUUAUUUCUGCUAAUGUUUAAAAAAGCUCUGAGAUUAACCAAAUAUACCACUCUCCACUAAUAACCACUUGUUUUAUCAUGAAACAGACAUUGUAAUCCUCGAGGUGUUGUCUCCAUCUUCUCCCUUCCCGACAUCCAGCUGGCUCUCUCUAUCUUAGCUUUCCUCAGCUGUUUCCACCUAUCACCCCACCUGCCUCUGGCUGGCUCCAUCAGCUCAUCACCCUUCACCUCUCCCCUUUCCACCUAUCGCAUAUUAGCUGCUGUAUCACGGCUCCUGUUGGCCAUCUUCCCUCUCCGCCCUCGGUCCAGAUGCAGCUUCUGAACCUUAAACCUUCCUCCCACCACUGAUGCUGCUUAACCAGUUGAGUUCGUCCAGCCGUUUGUUUUCAACUCAGUAUAAAGUGGUUUAAGUAAUUUACAUUAAAGUCGAUAAUGAACACAAAC